UGGGCUAUUUUGAUGCCUGCUAAGCUUUCUGAACACGAAUCAGUCUAUCAGUCAGUCUGUUUCCAGCGGUGUACAUCAGUUCUUCUGUCAACAUACCUUGAGUUCUCGCCAGUCUGUCUUAAUCGAGGGAAUUGGGUAAAGAUGGAAACAGAGCAGCAAAAUCAAAGCCUCUCCAAGCCAAACUAUUUGAAAUCAUCUGUGGAACCAAAAACACCAGCAGAGUCCUCCUCACCCUCCACAUCUUCUCCUGCCCCUAAUCCUCCACCAAUGGCUCCAGCCAGGCCAAGACGACCCCAGAGAACCCCUAGAGUGGAAGGAUCUUUUGACGUAUCAGAGCCUAAACCUCCAGAAUCUCCUAGACCGAACCAACUGUCCAGCCAUGCUGACCCGGUUGACCCCUACAAACCCAACUAUCCCUCAGAAGCAAGACCUCAACUCAAUGUUGGAAAUGUUGGUCAUGGACCUCUAAGUUUGGCUGGUCAGAAGGUUUCAGGACAUGCAGCUUUGGCUCGGAGCCACAUUGCAAUGAGAACAGCCUCCCUUCCUCAGGCCCCGUCUUACAAACAACCACCUUCAGAUUCUGUCCAGCACCCUCAGAGAGCGCUGUCAGUCACUGGGACUGCCGACACUCAGGCCCAAGUCAUGGAGGAUUUCAGAAUUCAUAUCAUCACAUGGAAUGUGGGCUCAGCCAUGCCGCCUGAUGACAUCACUUCUUUAUUGGGGUUGAAUGUCGGUGAUGGAAACACAGAUAUGUAUAUUAUAGGUCUACAGGAAGUGAACUCAAUGAUCAAUAAACGGCUAAAAGAUGUUCUUUUCACUGAUCAGUGGAGCGAGGUCUGCAUGGAUGCUCUCAGCGUCUUCGGAUAUGUACUGGUUACAUCACAAAGGAUGCAGGGAAUGCUACUGCUUGUCUUUGCCAAGUACUAUCACCUGCCUUUCCUGAGAGCUAUUCAAACACAGACCACACGCACUGGACUCGGUGGUAUCUGGGGUAAUAAAGGAGGUGUAAGUGCACGUAUGACUGUCUUUGGCCAUUCAAUCUGUUUCUUAAACUGUCACCUGCCCGCACACAUGGAGAACUCAGAGCAGCGCAUGGAAGAUUUUGAAAGCAUUCUGCAACAGCAACAGUUCGAAGGUCAAGCUGCUAUGGGUGUACUGGAUCACGAUGUGGUUUUCUGGUUUGGAGAUCUGAACUUCCGAAUUGAGGACCUGGAUAUGCAGGUUGUGAAAGGAGCUAUUGACAAUAACAAACUCUCCAUAUUAUGGGAAAAAGACCAGCUUAACAUGGCGAAAGACAGUGAAACUGUGCUUGAAGGUUUCCACGAGGGGCCACUUAAAUUCCCUCCUACAUAUAAGUUUGAUGUGGGUACAGACACAUAUGACACCAGUGGGAAAAAGCGUAAACCAGCAUGGACUGAUCGAAUUCUUUGGCGGUUGAGGCCGAUGGCUCAGAUCAGCAACAGCACAUCUAAGCGCAGCUCCGUAUCGGGCCUAACCAGCGGAAUCUGUGUGUCACAACACUUUUACCGCAGUCACAUGGAGUACACCGUCAGUGACCACAAGCCUGUCUCCUCUAUUUUCACUCUGCAGUUCCCUUAUCAGGUGGACAUCCCUUUGGUAACAAUCUUUGUGGAGGAUGAAUGGACAGAGAUAUCUGAUGCAGUAGCCAAAUUUAAGGUGGCUCCCAACUUUUAUCGAAGCUCUUGGGACUGGAUUGGGCUUUACAAGGUUGGGUUUAAACAUCAUAAGGACUACGUGGCGUACACUUGGGCCAAACAGGAGGAGUCUGAUUUCCUAAGACAGGAGCACCAAGUGACUUUUGCAGAGGAGGAGUUGCCAAAGGAUUCUGGGGACUUCAUUCUGGGUUACUAUAGCAACAAUAUGAGCUCCAUUGUGGGUGUCACCGAGCCAUUCCAGAUUCAACUGCCAGCAUCCACUGCAGCAGAUCUAAGUCCGUCGGACAGCUCUGACUUCACGUCUGAAGACGAGGUAAAGCAGGUUGUCUCCGGUACCUCCAGCCCUGAGGUUGAGGAGCAACAGAGCAGCGACUGGAGCGCCAAACCUGCCAAAGGGCAACCAACUAAUCCAAACGAACCACAUUCCAAAGACACCAUGACACAUUCUCGCUCUUGCAAGCAGAGCGGUGGUACCCUCAAAAUGACCAAGACCUCUGAUGAUCCUGUGGCUUCUGUUGAAAGUUCUAACUCAGGAAAAGAUGCAACCAAACCAGAGGAAACUUAGCUAAGCACACCAUCUUCUCUGGAGAAUUAUAUUUGCUUGAGGAUAGGGUUGCAGUUUUCUGCUGGGUCUAUAAUGUCGUUGUACAUUUACUGUCCUGCAAUGUCGUUUGGAGAUGUUGUUUUGUAUGUUGCAGGGCAGCAGUAAGCAUUUAAUUUGUGGCUCCCUCCAGCAAAAUACAAGAGCGGGCAGGCUAAAUUCUUGUCUGUAACUGUUUUUCGUUCUAUGUAGACAUUCUGACAUUCGCAUAUUCUUCUCUCUCUUUCUCCCUAGCUGCACAAAACAAAAUCUGAAACAAAGAAAUUAUUCUAAAAAUUCUUGCACAAUAUUAAUGCUUUAAAUUGCUUCAUAUAGAAGUUAUUCCCAGAAUCGACCAGGGUUUAAUGCACAAUAGAAAACACUUGUGGUUCUUGUUGGGAUUUAUUGGAGCAGAUCCUCUUUAGUAUAUCAUCGGUUUUCUGGAGCUUUGUUCCAGAUACUAGUGAGCUGCCCACCUAGACAGCAUUUUAAGGCAUCAUAAGCACACUUCUGGCAUAAAGGCUGUUCUAAACAGCAUGCGCCAAGUUAUGUUGCCUUAGAAGAUACAUUGGCCAAAUUCUAAGGCAGGAGUGCUGUAUCAUUAUAAGUUUUACUCAGUAAAACAAUACAUCCAAUAUGGCAGAUAAAGCAAGAGAAAUGCCCGUUAUACUUGUAUUUUACUCAGCACUGUGAAAUAUUGUUAAUAAAUGGCUCUAAAAUUGUUUCAUGCAAUAUUUGUGUGUGCUAUAUAUUGAUGUCUUUACCUUAGCAACAUGCUAACAUUAGACUCAUCUGAUUAGACUCAUCUGGAAUCAUCUGUGAGCAUUAAGGCUGGAUUACACUACACAUUUAAAACCAAUUUUAGCCCUGAUUUUCAGUUGGGCCAAUUUGGUGCUAGUUUUUGGCCAAUUGUAGUUGACAAAUUUAAUUUAAUAUCGUAUAGUAUAUGAUGGGUACAGACUCUGAUAUCUUAUCCUCAGACUAUGAUUGCAUCUAGUCAGAGGACAUAAAACAUGUUUGAUAUUUUUGAGCCGACUAUCCACGACUACAGAUGAAAUCUUGUAGCGUCUGGAGUCGUAUGGCAAGCAGCCAAUGGAAAUCGAGUGUGCAGGGCCAUGAAGCUCAGGAAAUGGUGAUGUUGAACAAGCACUCUAGUGGAGUUUCACUUUUAACACCACUCACCUCGCAUUACAGUUUUUAGAGGCCAUACCUGGUGGUGUCUUCCCACCCAAGACCAUCCAAGAAAAUGUGCCAAGCGCACCCAAAUUUUCCACAACUCAGAACACAGAGUAGCAGCAACAUUAACAGCAGCCAGUUCCCAGAUCCAUGUCUGUUUACAUCUGUCAUGCGUCUCCUAGAAUGGGAGGAUUUUUGUUUCUACAUGAGUUUGUGAUAGGAUCGACUUGACAGUCGGGUAGUGUUAUUGUCGUUUGGGAAUGCGUUCAGAUUUUAAAAGUCAUGUUGUGUAAUCCAGACCUUUGGUUGAGUCUCUUGUGCAGAGUGUGGCGUGAAUAAGUGAACAUCAACGGUGGUGCUGCUGCCCAUAUACAGCGAUCCAUUUCAGUCCCUUAUGAUGUUCCAUUUCCGUUAUUUUGCUUCUGUAGAAGGUAGAUAGCAGUACAGAGUGAGGCAGCUCACUAGGGUUUGGAGCAGAGCUCAGGAUUUCUUGAUGUCUGGCCACAUAAGACAUUGAGAAUUCCCUGCUAAAGGUGACCUUCUUUGGUCAUCACCUCGUUGAGACUGGGAGGGUAAAUUUAAAUACAACAUGCUCUGCAAACGCAUGUUCACACUCCUCAGGUCCUUGAAAAGUAAGCACACAUAAAGGGAUGAACAUUCGUUGACUCUUAGCUAACACAACACGUUGGCGACACUACAGUUUAUAUAUUAUUCAUGUUUAUCUUAAAUAGUUGCAUUGUUAAAGACGAUGCCUACCUAGACAGAAAUUUAGGCAUCAUAAUUAGGACAAUGAUGAAGUCUAUUCUUCUCAAAGUUGUGACUGUUGUGCCGUUGUGUUUCUGUGGUUAAUGUUCUCGAAAAGAAUUUGAAAGUAACAUCCCUCACCAUGACCUGCCAAAUUUAAAGUCAACAUGAAGUGCCGUUUGCAACCCAUUUUACUUCCGCAAUGUGAUAUAGUAUUUCCGAAUGAAAUGGGAGGGGUUGAAAUAUAAGAGGGUUUGGUGAUGUUAGUCGUAAAAGUCGUAAUCUAAGCACAAAAUCAACAUUUCGAGCUGAAUUAUCCGUUCUUUUAGAGGAUUACCUGUAUUAAAGGAGCUUCAGAUGUUCGUGCUUCUCUUAAGUGUCCCUGCGUCUUGAUAUCAGACACAAUGAAGAAGAUCCGUGAAGUUCUCAUGCUUGUAUAUGUAUCUGCUUUUUAAACAAUUAUUUCCUUUUAAAACCGCUCGUAACCGGCACAGUUUAAACUCAUGUUUUAGCGCAUGGUUGAUUGACAGAUAAGGGGUGGGGCUUCGCUGCUGCCAGGGAUGCAUCAGGACGGAUUAGCGUUUACACCUCAAAUGUGAUGUGGUUACAUGCGUUUUAUGACCACAUUUGUAUGUGGUUUUUGUGAUCUGAUCACAAAAUGUUUUAGACCCUGUUUAAACCUGCAUUUAGCGCUGACCACAUGUGAUCCGAUCACCAAAAAUGCAUCUUAAAAUCAGGUGUAAAUGGGGUCCUAGAUGCUCAGAAUUAUUUCCUCAGCGGGGAAAUCGGGAAUAUUAGAUCGCUCCUAUUAUAUUCAAUGAAGAUGUAAAGGAUUUAUUUUUGUGUUCCAAAUUUGUAAAUCGUUUGGAUUAAAGCGUCUACCAAAUGACUAAAUGUAAAAGUAAAUGACUUGCGCAGCUUCAUUCAUUAUAAUGGGAGCGAUCUAUAGUCACUUUUAGAGCUCUACCUCUUGAAUUUACAAUUAGUCGGCAUAAAUUUAGUUCACCUACCAGAGAUAAUAUGUUUGAUACAGUUGUUAGUACUGCACGUAUCCAGCCAUAUCGCUUCACUGCUGCGGUUCAUACGUCCAUUUGCGGUUGCUUUUUUGGAGAUCUAAACACUUUAAUUUCCAUUAGUUCCAGGCAUCCAGGGAGCAUCCAGCCACCGAACAACAUGGUGCACAUUUUAAUAAUGAUAUUUUAUGGCAAUUGUGUUAAUGUUAGUAACGUUAAUCAUGUUAAAGUCACUAUGAAUGAAGCGCCUCCCGCUGUUGUUUUGAAUGAGAACUUAUAGGAAAUGUUCAAGGAACUAAGACGUCACUUCCAUAAACCGAGGAAUAGUCCUUGAAAUGGUCUAUAAUCAGGCGACUGAUCAUCUGUUUUUUCUCCCACUUGUAGCUACUGCAUCGAUUCACUGUGUAUUUGCAUUAAGUCGAACUCUGCUCAACUGUGUCGCAUCGGCAACAGUUGCUAUCACUUAUUUUGCCUCAAAUCGGCAACUCUAACAAAUAAAUGACUUACGAUCGCUUUGUCAGUACAAAUUACUGUCAGAGUGAACACCCCUUAAAGGUAGGUCAUCCAAAAAGGAAAAUAUAUUUAUCCCCCCUUCAUUUUGUUCCAAACCCGUAGGACUUUCUUUCCUCAGGAGAACACAAAAGGAGAUGUUAGACACAAUAUCCAAUCUAAUCUUUUCCAUACGCGAAAGUGAAUGGGUGCUGUUAAACUUUGAAAAAGGACAAAAAAGUGCCAUAAAAGUGGUACACAAGACUCAAACGCCAUUCAAAGUCUUUUCAUUUUUGGGUGAACUGUCUCUUUAAAAUGUGGAAAGUGCAUUAAAGGCCCAGGUAAACUUCGUUUUUGCGUUUUCAGGAUCGGCUCGCGCCUGGCAUUUGUGAGUAUACUCUUCUGACCGCGAGCGAAUAUGAAUGUAUUUGAUGCAUGUCAACAACAACUUCUUUGUGAUCCUCUUUUAGUAGAGUCAAUGGCCAGCGCAUGCACCAACGAUGUGCACAGAAGAUGACCAUGUCCGCGGGUCGAGAAGAUCUGUCGGAUUAUGAUGAAAUUUACGUUACGCAUACUGUGCAUGGAGCGAUCCGCAACAUGGACAUGCAAAGUAUAUUUUGGUCUUAAAGUAAAUUGGGUCAGUUUUGAUUUCAUGUUGACUUUAAAGAAUGACUGCAUGGUUUAUAUCUGAGCAUUCAUCUGAUUUGUGUAAAGUAUUGUAUCAUUACUGUACGUGUGGUAGGAAUCCUAGGAUAUUCUUCGAUGUCUAGGGCUUACUAGGAUUUAUCUUCCAUGGUAAAUUCUUCCUCGUCUCCUCUCCAUCUCUUCCCCUAUCUCUCUUAAUUUCCACCUUCUCUUUCCAUAUCCUCUCCUCUCUCAUUUCUCCUCUCAUUGUCUUUGUGUCUCCAAAUCAGACCCCUCAGGGGUCACAGUGUCUGGUUGUCACAUUGUGUACCGGGCUCUGUUAAGGGCUCAGAUGUCGUCAGAAGUAAUAUAUUGGAUUGGUAGCUUGUGACCCAUUUAGGAAAUUUUGUACCAAGACUACUUAGCCUUAGGACACGUGGUGUGCUGUCACUGUUUACAUGGUUAGGUGAGUGAGAGUAAAAGCCUGUCAGUGUAUCUAUGUUUUUGCAUGGACGUGUCAUGGAUAAUCCCAGUGUUGUAUUAUCAGCCACCUUUUAAUAUCGUAGAGAUUUCGAAAGGUAUCAUUACUUGGAAAUGGAAUAGAAAAUUUGGGUAUUGGAAGUUUCGAGACAUGAAAAUAGUUUUAGAAAAAAAUCUUUGUAGAUUGCUGUUGGAAUCUUUGGAAAUCAAAGCAAUGAGGCAUUAUGGACCAAGUAAUUUUUUCCACUUGAGAAAUACUUCUGUUAAAAGUCUGGAUAGCUGCACAUGUUCUUAACAAAAUGUAUGUAUUUAUGUAUGUACUAACUUAGUAUGUCGAUUGUUAUUAGAGAGGGAAAUUUCAAUUAGAGUUUAUGCUAGUUUGCAACAUUAGAAUAAUGGGCAAAAAAACAAACAAACACUUCAUUUCAGUUUGUCAGUUAUAUUUUAAUACGCAAUGCUUCUACAUUUGAAAUAAAAUCAGAUGCAGUGUUGGAAAUUCAUAUUUUCCUUGAAGGCCAAAUAAAUGUUUUAUAAGUGCCAGGGUUUAAUAAUUUUAUUAUGUCAAUAUGAAGGGAAGAAUUUAUUUUUCAUAUUUUGUUGAUUUUGAAAUGCUUUUGUGCUCGCAAGACAUAAUUUAAGCAUGCAUAGGAAAUGUUAUAGGAUGAAAUGAAUUCAAUGAUUAUUAUUAGAUGAGAUCUGGGUACAGAUAUGUAGAACAGAUGACAAUCAGUGCCAAAACAGAAGAAAGAUAUUGUAUUUAUUUUGGAUUAUAUUUAUUUUCGUAUUCAUGAUAUUAAAACAAUGUAAAGAUUCUGCUGGUCAGUGUGUUUGAAUCAUUAUAAAGAGUGAAUAUGAACUUAUAUUUUUAUUUAUAAUCAUUUGUAAGAUUUACCUUUUCAGUUUUGCAUUCUUUAACGUUUCAUUUGUAUUCUUCAUGAAAACAAAUUUUGUCGCUUUAAUCGUUUUAUCGUUUUGUGGAUAUUCACAUUCGUUAUGAUUAAAUACUUUUUUGGACCUUGUAUUGAGCAGAAUGUAUUGACUUGGUAGGCUUGUGAACCAUUGUUCUAGGUUGUUGUUGUAUAAUGGUGUCUUACCUUAGACCACUGUCAAACAUUGGUGUCCAAAUGAAAAUAAAUGCUUUUGGAAGUGA